AAUGACAUCAGUGUUCCUGCGGCAGGAGAGAGAGAAAACGGAUCAAAUGACCGAGAGUGCGUGUGCGCAUGUGUGGUUGAGGAGGCGAGAGCGGAAUCUACGGAGAGGCAAGGAUGGGACGAUGAGCGGUUUAUCCAACUUGAUUGAAGUUGGGACUGGAGCCCGUGUCUUUGCGGAGAUGCGACGGUCAUUGAAAGAGCGCACAUCGUAUUAACAAUCACCCAGCCGGUAAAAGGCGAGAUGACAAUACCAGCCGAAAUCCCGGAGAAAUGGUUUCCACUCGUUCUUCCCCUUAAAAGAAAGAAACAGAAAGGACUAAAUGGAGCCAAAUCGAAAAAGAAGGGGGCAGAGGAGGAGAGACGGGUCAGGGCCAAUGACAGAGAGUACAAUGAAAAGUUCCAGUAUGCGAGAAACUGCAUUAUGACAUCCAAGUACAACAUCGUCACCUUUCUGCCCGUCAACUUGUUUGAGCAGUUCCAGGAAGUAGCCAACACCUACUUCCUUUUCUUGCUCAUACUUCAGCUAAUACCUCAGAUCUCCUCCCUCUCCUGGUUCACUACCAUUGUGCCUUUAGCUUUGGUGCUGAGCAUCACCGCAGUAAAGGAUGCCACAGACGACUAUUUUCGUCACAAAAGUGACAACCAAGUGAACAAUCGGCAGUCUCAGGUCCUCAUCCGUGGCCUGCUACAGAAUGAAAAAUGGAUGAACGUUCGAGUGGGCGAUAUCAUCAAACUGGAAAAUAAACAGUUUGUGGCGGCUGACCUGCUGCUGCUGUCCAGCAGCGAACCUCACGGGCUCUGUUACAUUGAGACGGCCGAGCUGGAUGGAGAGACCAACAUGAAGGUUCGUCAGUCCGUCUCAGUGACAAAUGAACUCGCAGACCAGAACAACUUGGCUUCAUUCGAUGGUGAAGUGGUGUGUGAGCCCCCCAACAACAAGCUGGAUCGUUUCUGUGGGACUCUGUACUGGAGAGACAAGAAAUACACCCUCACGAACCAGAACAUGCUGCUGCGAGGAUGCGUCCUCCGCAACACGGAGACCUGCUACGGCCUGGUUAUCUUCGCAGGCCCAGAUACCAAGCUUAUGCAGAACAGCGGAAGCACCAAGUUCAAGCGGACGAGCAUCGACCGGCUUAUGAACACUCUGGUCCUCUGGAUCUUUGGCUUCCUGGUGUGUAUGGGUGUGAUCCUGGCUGUGGGGAACGCCGUGUGGGAGAGAGAGGUGGGCUCCUUGUUUCAGAGCUAUCUUCCCUGGGACCCCUCUGUGGACAACUUCCUGUUCUCGGCCUUCCUCUCCUUCUGGUCUUACGUCAUCAUUCUAAACACCGUGGUACCCAUCUCUCUGUAUGUGAGUGUGGAGGUGAUCAGGCUGGGUCACAGCUACUUCAUUAACUGGGACCAGGAGAUGUUCUGCUCACAGUGUAACACGGCAGCUGAGGCCCGGACCACCACUCUGAAUGAGGAACUAGGCCAGGUUGAAUACAUCUUCAGUGACAAGACUGGAACUCUAACUCAGAACAUUAUGAGCUUCAAUAAGUGCUCCAUCAAUGGACAGACUUACGGUGAGGGGCCGGACCCGUUGGAACCUCGGCCAAAGAGAUUGGACUUCAGUCCCUUCAACCCCCUGGCGGACCCGGACUUCUGCUUCUACGAUGACACCCUGCUGGAAUCGGUGAAAGUGGGAGACGCGCACACGCACAAGUUUUUCCGCCUGCUCGCCCUCUGUCACACGGUCAUGAGCGAGGAGAAGAGCGAGGGAGAGCUGGUCUAUAAGGCUCAGUCUCCGGACGAGGGGGCUCUAGUGACCGCGGCUCGAAACUUUGGCUUCGUGUUUCGCUCCCGGACGCCGGGGACGAUCACCACCACGGAGAUGGGGCAGCCCGUCACCUACACCCUUCUUGCCAUAUUGGAUUUCAACAACAUACGCAAGAGGAUGUCUGUCAUAGUGCGUAACCCAGAGGGUCGGAUCUGUCUGUACUGUAAAGGAGCUGACACUGUGCUGCUGGAGAGACUCCACCCCUGUGACCAGGAACUGAUGAAUGUCACCUCCGACCACCUGCAUGAGUAUGCGGCCGAUGGUUUGCGGACGCUGGCCCUGGCCUACAGGGACCUGUCGGAGGACGAGUGGGAAGCGUGGUCAGAGAGCCACCGCUGCGCCGACAAGGCCACCAGCUGCAGAGAGGACCGACUGGCAGCCACUUACGAGCACAUAGAACAAGACAUGAUGCUGCUGGGUGCCACAGCGAUUGAGGACAAGCUGCAAGAAGGCGUCCCAGAAACCAUUGCCGUCCUCUCUCUGGCUAACAUUAAGAUCUGGGUUCUCACUGGAGACAAGCAGGAGACGGCUGUCAACAUAGGCUACUCCUGCAAGAUGCUGACGGACGACAUGACCGAGGUGUUCACCAUCAGUGGAAACACUGUCCACAGCGUACGUCAGGAGCUCAGGACGGCGAGGGAAAGGAUGAUCGUGUUGUCAAGAACCAGAGAGGGAGGGAAGGAGGAGGGAACAGAGGGAUGUUUCAUGGGUAACGGGUUCAGAGAAGGAGAAGGUAUGGCAGGAGCAGGAGCGAAACAGCUGCAGUGUCCUCCUCCUCCUCCUCCUUCCAACCUCAUGGACAACAUCUCUGGGGAGUUUGCCCUGGUUAUCAACGGACACAGUCUGGCCCACGCGCUGGAAGCAGACAUGGAGACGGAGUUUGUGUCGACAGCGUGCGCCUGCAAAGCGGUGAUCUGCUGCCGGGUCACCCCGCUGCAGAAAGCUCAGGUGGUGGAGCUCAUCAAGAAACACAAGAAGGCCGUCACUUUGGCUAUAGGAGACGGAGCUAAUGACGUUAGCAUGAUAAAAAGCGCUCACAUCGGAGUAGGCAUCUCAGGUCAGGAGGGCAUCCAGGCCGUGCUGGCCAGUGACUACUCCUUCUCCCAGUUCCGCUUCCUUCAGCGCCUCCUGUUGGUGCACGGCCGCUGGUCCUACCUGCGCAUGUGCCGUUUCCUCUGCUACUUCUUCUACAAGAACUUUGCAUUCACCAUGGUGCAUUUCUGGUUUGGCUUCUUCUGUGGCUUCUCUGCACAGACGGUGUAUGAUCAGUACUUCAUUACUCUCUACAACAUUGUCUACACAUCCCUCCCUGUGCUGGCCAUGGGGAUAUUUGACCAGGAUGUUCCUGACCAGAGAAGCUUAGAGUAUCCCAAACUGUAUGAGCCCGGGCAGCUCAACCUCCUUUUCAACAAGAGAGAGUUCUUCAUCUGCAUCGCCCAGGGCAUCUACACCUCAGUGGUGCUGUUUUUUGUCCCCUGUGCCGUCCUGUCCGAUGCCACUCAGAGCACCGGAGAGCCCCUCGCUGACUACCAGACCUUUGCAGUCACCACGGCAACAGCCCUGGUCAUUGUGGUCAGUGUACAGAUCGCUCUUGACACAGGCUUCUGGACCGUUAUCAACCACGUGUUUGUGUGGGGGUCUCUGGGCUGCUACUUCUGCAUCAUGUUUGCUCUGCACAGUCAGACCCUGUUCCUGAUCUUUCCCAAUCAGUUCCACUUUGUAGGUAGUGCCCAGAGCACAUUGUUGCAACCAGUCGUGUGGUUGACGAUUGCACUGGCGACAACAAUAUGCAUAGUUCCAGUUUUGGCAUUCCGCUUCCUUAAGGUGGACCUCAAACCUCAGCUCUCGGACACGGUGCGCUACACUCAGCUGGUGCGGCAGAAGAAGCGCAAGCCGAUGGAUUGCAGCGUCGAAGGUGGGAGGCGCGGGCCGGGCAGCGUGUCAGAUGGCCGUCUGGGUGCUCGUGGCGGUUCGAGGAGGUCGGGCUACGCCUUCGCCCACCAGGAAGGAUUUGGAGAGCUGAUCACUUCAGGGAAGAACAUGAGGCUCUCUUCCCUGGCCCUGGCCUCCUUCGCGUCCAGACACAGCUCCAGCUGGAUCGACACGCUGCGCAGGAAGAAGCCCGCGCACGUCCACACUCCCCCCAGCGCCUCCGGGGAGAGCAGCCCGGCUCCCAGCUGCGUGUCCGGGUCGGCGCCGCCACUUUCAAACUCCUCCUCCGCUCUGGGCGGCUCGCAAGAUACGACCAUCGAGGAGGAGACGGGCUCAGCGCCUGCCCAAAGCGCACAGACUGCUCCUGCACAAAGCCUGGCGGCCUCGGAGGCAGCGGCGGCCGGGAGGUCCCAUGGCGGAGACUCACCUGGAGGCUGGUCAAUCUCUCUGGGCGCCGUGCAGGAGGCCCUGCUCCGCUGGAGGGCUCGGGCUGCUGCGUCUAACAGCCCCCGCUCACCCUCUGUUCCUAUGGAAACCAGACAGCAUGAGUGAACUUUUUAGAAUAUAUAUCGAGGAAUAAAUUGUCCACUAUUGUUCACUCACAUAAAU